GGCCGUGUGGGGCUACAAACCCCAUCACGUCUCCGAGAUGGGUCUCUCUUUGGAAGUCUGUGAGCAGCGCCGCCUGCCUCAGCUCUUGGCUUUCCAGCCUUCGUCUUUGUUUGCGUUCUCCUGCUUCAUCACUCUCUUCUACUCCGUCCUUAGGGUUUACUUUUCUUUGACAAAAUGGCAGAAACUUUGGUACUUCGCGGGACGUUGAAGGGUCACGCCAAUUGGGUGACGGCCAUCGCCUGCCCGCUCGACAACCCCGACCUCAUCCUUUCGUCGUCUCGUGACAAGAGUAUCAUCGUCUGGCACCUCUCUCGCGAGGAGGGCAACUACGGUGUCGCCCGCCGCCGUUUGACUGGCCACGCUCACUUCGUUCAAGAUGUCGUGAUUUCCUCUGACGGACAGUUUGCUUUGUCUGGAUCAUGGGACGGAACCCUCCGCUUGUGGGACUUGAACACCGGAACCACCACCCGGCGGUUCAUUGGCCACACCAAGGAUGUGCUCAGUGUGGCUUUCUCUGUUGAUAACAGGCAGAUUGUGUCUGGCUCCCGUGACAAAACUAUCAAGUUGUGGAACACUCUCGGUGAGUGCAAGUAUACCAUCCAGGACGUAGACGCCCACACUGGCUGGGUCAGUUGUGUGCGUUUCUCCCCUGUGACGGCCAACCCUAUUAUCGUGUCUGGAGGGUGGGACAAGGUCGUGAAGGUGUGGAACCUGACCAACUGCAAGAUUCGUACUAACUUGGUUGGACACACCGGAUACGUUAAUACUGUUACUGUGUCUCCUGAUGGUUCCUUGUGCGCUAGCGGUGGCAAGGACGGAGUUGCCAUGUUGUGGGACUUGGCCGAGGGCAAGAGGUUGUACUCUUUGGAUGCUGGCGACAUCAUCCACUCCCUAUGUUUCAGCCCCAACAGGUACUGGCUGUGUGCUGCCACUCAGACCUGUAUCAAGAUCUGGGACUUGGAGAGCAAGAGCGUCGUCGACGAGCUGCGCCCCGAGUUCACCUUCGUCAGCAAGAAGGCCCAGAUUCCCUACUGUGUGAGUCUGAACUGGAGUGCCGACGGCAGCACCCUGUUCAGCGGCUACACCGAUGGUCACAUUAGAGUGUGGGCUGUUGGACGGGCUUAGAUUUUGCCCCCUUCGUCUAUGAAUUCGUGAACUGCACACCAGAUGUUCACAAAUCUGAAACCGGGUUCCUACGGAUGAGGAUGAAUGGAUACACUUUUAGCGUUUUGGAAUUGGAAGAGUAGUGAAGAAAGGAAUGCAAAAUUCAUAACGCUUCUCAAAUUUGUGUCUCAUUGAUUCCAUAUUGCAGAUGUCGCAUUUCAUUGGUCAUGAA